CUCCGCGAAGAGCGCUGCCUGUGGAUGCAUGAUGGCGCAAAACUCAAGAUUGUUCGAGAUGGACAGUCCGUAUGCUGAUGCUAAGGUCGAUAAGGACAGCGUAGGAUCAUCUUUUGAUAGUUCGCAGACUUCAACUUCAUCAUCCUCAUCGUCACUGAAGAGACGGCGGGACGGUGAUGAAGAGGAUGACGAUCACUCUCCCAGUAAAAAGCUGGUCACAGAAGAUUCAUUACACAGUCAAAAGGUGGCAACACAUUACAACAAAAUUAAGGAGUGUGGCUUGGCUGAACGGAAUAAAAGCAGGAUAGUCUACAUGCGCAAUUUCAACAACUGGUUGAAGAGCGUGCUUAUCGCUGAGAUCUUGGACAAGGUCAGGCAAAGACGAAGAGAGGUGACUGUACUGGAUCUGGGCUGUGGAAAAGGAGGAGACCUUCUCAAAUGGAAGAAAGGUCGGAUUGAUAAACUGGUGUGUGCAGAUAUCGCUGCUGUGUCAAUUGAGCAGUGUCAGCAGCGCUAUAAUGAUGUCAGACGGAGGGGUCACCCAAAUGACCGUACCUUCUCUGCCGAGUUCGUCACUGCAGACUGCAGCAGGGAACUGCUGUCUGAGAAGUUGCAAGACCCUGAGCUGCAGUUUGACGUGUGCAGCUGUCAGUUUGUGUAUCAUUAUUCCUUUGAGAGCGAGUCGCAGGCUGACACCAUGCUGAGAAAUGCCUGUGAGAGACUCCGGCCUGGAGGAUUCUUCAUCGGGACAACUCCUGAUGCAUAUGAGCUGGUGAAACGCUUAGAGGAAUCCGACUCCAACAGUUUUGGAAAUGAAGUAUUCAGGGUGACCUUCCAGAAGAAAGGAGAAUAUCCUCUGUUCGGCUGUCAGUAUGAUUUCAGCUUGGAGGGAGUCGUCAAUGUCCCAGAGUUUCUGGUGUAUUUCCCGCUGUUUGUGGAAAUGGCAAAGAAGUACAACAUGCGUCUGGUUUACAAGAAAACCUUCAAAGAGUUCUUUGAGGAGAAAGUUAAAGAUGGCAAAAAUAAGGAUCUAAUGCAGUGGAUGCAGGCUCUGGAGCAAUACCCUCCGGAUGAGAGGGGCCAACUGUCAUCCAGCGGUCCGGGGGAGUACGACCAUGCCAAGAGAAAAGCUGCAGAUCCUGCUGUUAGACGUCCACUGGGAACAUUGAGCAAGUCUGAGUGGGAGGCUACAAGCAUAUACCUGGUGUAUGUGUUUGAGAAAAUGUCAUGAGUUGGAGGGAUUGACCAUUGAGCUGUCGCAUCUGGAUGAGUGAGCUUCACAGAUGUGGAAUCUCAUUGUCAUUCAUUCGCUUUCCAAAGGCCUGCUGAGCACGUCUGCUUCACAAACCGUCAGAUAUUUUUAUACAGCCAGAGCUUUUCUUCGUGAGUGUGUAUGUACGUGUGUUGGGAGACUUUGUGAGGUGUACGCAAUGCUCAUGAGCAAUACUCUGUCUGAUACUGUAUAUCUGUCUAUCUGUAACCUUUGUUUCCCAUUACUUUUUUGUCCUCAGGUCGAGCAAUAUAAUAACCCAAUAGAGCUUCAUACGGUCCCAUUGGGGUUUAUUUUGAUUGUGGUCCACCUUUCCUUUAGGCUUCACUGAACUCUGUCUUGGUUUCUUUUCUUUAUUUUGCAGGGUUGUUGACUAAAGCUCUGCCUGUUUGUCAGAAAUACUGUGUUCACCCAUUUGGUGUUAAUUGGUAUUGUGUUUAAUGUGUGUGACCGGGAUUAUUUGGCCAGGGAGGAAGUUUAUCCCCAAUGUAGGACAUAGAUUUUCAACUUGAAUCUAUAGAAGUUGAUAAAUCUGUAAGAUUUCAUUUAUUUAGUAGUGACCUAGUGUGUUUCUCUACACAACGUUGUCUAUUGAUUAUCAUGAAAUAUGUGUAUUUCAGUCUUUACUCUUCUGAUUUGACUUGGUAGAGCAGUGUCAGGGAAUGAAACCUGUUUUAUGAAUAUUAAACCAUGAAUUGACAUCA